AUGGCCGUCAAUGGCGAACAAGACGUCCGCGGCGCCUACUGCUGCAUGACCAUCCACACCCUCCUCCACCUACCUCUAACUCUUCCCCCUGCCUCCCCAGCCCGAGAAGCUGGCCUCGAAACAUUUACCUCCGGCCUCGGUGCCUGGAUCAGCAAAUGCCAAACCUUCGAGGGCGGCCUCGGCGGCGCUCCAGACAAUGAAGCCCACGGCGCCUACGCUUUCUGCGUGCUGGCUUGCCUCUGCCUCCUCGACUCUCCCAGCCAAGCCAUCCCCACAUAUCUCGACACCAGAUCCCUAACUCACUGGCUGGUAUCACGUCAAGCAUCCCCCGAAGGCGGAUUCAGCGGCCGCACAAACAAACUGGUGGAUGCAUGUUACAGCCACUGGGUCGGCGGCUGUUGGUCUCUGCUCGAAUCGGCCCUCGCCAUCCCCACCGAAACAUCACUCUGGCACAGAGAAGCAUUGGUUCGAUACACAUUGACCUGCUCGCAAGCCAAGAAAGGCGGGCUCAGAGAUAAACCAUCUACCAGACCUGAUGGCUAUCACACGAAUUAUUCAUUGGCGGGAUUAAGUGCUGCUCAGUACAUCUACACUUAUACUCAAGCCGAGCAAACAGAAGAGCAAGUCACAGAGCCGGAAGCACUUACCGCAGCAUUUAGUUGGAUUUUCCAGCGGCCCACGCAGCAACAGAUGAAGGCAUGGUGUUUUGACAAGCAAGAUAUGGUGGAGCCUGUGCAUCCUGUCUUUGUCUUGCCGUUUGACGUUGUCGAAGAGACGAGGGCAAAGUUUGCCGGCAUAGUUGGCUUCUAA